GGCAGGGCCGGGCGGCGCGGCCGGGCGGGAGGAUCUGGUGGGCGGACUCGACCUGGGUCCUCUCCGCGGCGGUGCGCCCGGCGGUCCCGUUCUGCCGCUCGCCAACGCCUGUCCUGCGGGACGUGGGGUGAAGGGCCACCUCUUACCCAGAGUGGGACUUGUUUUACUGUGCUGGGCUUGAGCCCCGGACCUUGGCACUGAGCUACAUCCCCGGCCCCUCUGAUUUUAUUAGGACAGUAUCACUUCAAACUGCCCGGUGGGCUGGAACUUGGGACCCUCCUGCCUCAGCCUCCCAGAGUGCUGGGAGUACAGGCAUGCCGAGGCUGUUUUCAACACUGUGCUGGAGCCCCUUUUCCUUAAACUGUCUGUAAUAGACUUUAGAGUUCCACUUUCUCCUCUUACGAGCAUUAAUCAAAAACAGGGGUUCUUGGGCAGGGGUGAGGCUCAGUGCUAAAGGACUUGCCGGUAAAUACCGAGUCCCCAGUACGUGGUGGGGGGAGGAGCCCGCAAAGUCUCGUCUUUUCCCAGAAAACUCUGCUCCGGGUAGGCGCUGGACUGUGGGGGUUUUGUCCGUGCAUCGGGCUGCACUUUGCGGUCAGGGGAAAGCAGAAGGGGAGCCAGGUGGGCUCUUUGGGGUUGAGGCUGGCAGCCACUGCCUGCUGCUCCUCUGGCAGCAGAUUCAGGGGGAAAGGCCCAGCGCAUCCUCAUCGCCCAGAGACCAGCAGGAUGGUACUGCCAGUGGUACGGAGUCGUCAGGGGAGAAGUCUGGUCUCUGCCACACUUACUGCUUCUAAUUUUAACAGUUAUCGGUUUGUAUUGUGCAUAAAAUGACUUCACCAUAGCGACUGUCACACGCCCAGAGUCAGGAAAUCAUGGAAUGUCCAAGUUGGAGAAGAUUUUAGAGAGCUUCUGCCUAACAUUCUGCCUGAGAAAGUACAUCAGUGACAGCGACCACCCCAGCACGUGCUCACCACCCGCAGCUCGCGCUCCGCGCGGGCCGCCUGGCACGUGUGUACCGAGGGGCUCCUGUGCUGGAGCACAGGAGCCUUGCACUAAACCUGCCUCUCACCUGUUCAGCAGUCCUAGUGCUGCACGCAGGAUAGAGGCUGUAUAAGUGCUGUGGACUAUUAAUUAGAAUGCACCUUCUUACAAAAUGAAAAGUCAGUUCCUGUUGCUGCUGGUACAGAGAAGUGUGCAAGAUGCUGUCUAAAGUACAAGAACAAUAGGAACCAAAGGAAGCACUUAUAAUUCAGGAUCUCUAAGAAGAGGUAGAAGUAGUUAAUAUGGAACCAAAACCAUGUGAGUCAAAUACUGAAGACCUUUUAUCAAGUAGUGGCAUCACACCCAGUGGAGGUUCCUCAAGCCCGUUUUUUGUGUCACCUAUCCGUGGUACAGUAAUUGAAAACACAGCCUCAAGUGGGACUUUGACACAGAUUCCUGCUUUCCCUAAAUAUGAAGUGGAACUUGAUUCUCCCAGAAAGAUCAUUGCUUAUCCGGGCAAGGAGCACAUCGAACGUGUUCUGGAAGAAUAUUCACAUCAAGUCAAAGAUCUGCAGAGAAGACUCAAUGAGAGCAAUGAACUGCAUGAGAAACAGAAGUUUUACCUAAGGCAAUCAGUCAUCGAUUUGCAGACAAAACUUCAAGAGAUGCAGAUGGAGAGAGAUGCCAUGGCUGACAUCAGACGAAGGGAGAGUCAGUCUCAGGAGGAUUUGAGAAAUCAGCUUCAGAGUACAGUUCAUGAACUGGAAGCAGCCAAAUGCCUGAAGGAGGACAUGCUGAGAGACAGCAGCACGCAGAUGGAGCAGCUCAGGAAGGUGAUGCUUAGUCAUGAAGGCACCCUGCAGGAAAUUCGGACCAUCCUAGCCGACUUUGAAGAAGCCUCGGGCAAGAAAAUACAAGAACAGGACAAUACGUCUACCAUGCCCUUCCGAAGCUUGGGCACAGCUAUUAGUAAAACUCUAAGAGAAUUAGAUACAGAAAUUUCUUAUCUGAAAGGGAGGAUAUUUCCAGUAGAAGAUCAACUUGAAACACUGAAAACUGAAUCACAGAACAAAAUAGAACUACUGCUGCAACAGCAUCAAGACAGGAUUGAGCAGUUGAUAAAUGAACAUGAAGUCGAAAUAACAGGACUUACGGAGAAAGCGAGCAGUGCUCGGAGCCAAGCCAACAGCAUCCAGAGUCAGCUGGAAAUUAUCCAAGAACAAGCAAGAAAUCAGAAUUCAAUGUAUAUGCGUCAGCUCAGUGACCUGGAGUCUACUGUUUCUCAGCUGCGUUCCGAACUGAGGGAAGCCAAAAGGAUGUAUGAAGACAAGAUAGAAGAGCUGGAGAAGCAGUUAGUCUUGGCCAACUCAGAGCUUAGUGAAGCACGAACAGAACGGGACCAGUUCAGCCAGGAAUCUGGAAAUUUGGAUGAUCAGCUUCAAAAGCUAUCGGCGGAUCUGCACAAGAGGGAGAAGGAGCUGAGUCUGGAGAAGGAGCAGAACAAGCGACUGUGGGACCGCGACACAGGCAACAGCAUCACCAUCGACCACCUGCGGCGGGAGCUGGACGACCGGAACAUGGAGGUGCAGCGCCUAGAGGCCCUGCUCAAGGCCAUGAAGAGCGAGUGCCAGGGCCAGAUGGAGCGGCAGAUGGCAGCAAUCCAGGGAAAGAACGAGAGUCUGGAGAAAGUGUCCUCCCUGACUGCGCAGCUCGAGUCCACCAAGGAGAUGCUGCGCAAAGUGGUGGAAGAGCUGACGGCCAAGAAGAUGACGCUGGAGAGCUCAGAGAGGACGGUAUCGGACCUGACGGCUUCCCUGCAGGAGAAAGAGCGGGCCAUCGAGGCCACCAAUGCAGAGAUCGCCAAGCUCCGCUCCCGGGUGGACCUGAAGCUGCAGGAGCUGCAGCACCUGAAGACAGAGGGAGAGCACCUGCGGCAUGCACAGACCGAGUGCGAGGCCCUGAGGCUGCAGAUGGCGGAAAAGGACAAAGUGAUCGAGAUCCUGCGCCAGCAGAUCGAAAACAUGACACAGCUGGUGGGCCAGCAUGGACGCACAGCCGGGGCCAUGCAAGUAGAAAAGGCCCAGCUGGAGAAGGAGAUCAAUGACAGGAGGCUGGAACUGCAGGAGUUCAAGAUUUUAAAGGAUAAGAAAGAUGCUAAGAUCCGGGAGCUCGAGGCCAGAGUGAGUGACCUGGAGUUGGAAAAGGUGAAGCUGGUGAACGCAGGCUCUGAGCGGCUCCGGGCUGUGAGGGACAUCAAACAGGAGAGGGAUCAGCUACUGAAUGAGGUCAAGACCAGCAGGAGCGAGCUGAACAAUCUCUCAGAGGAUUAUGAAGUUUUAAAAAGGAAUUUUCGAAACAAGAGUGAAGAAAUGGAAACUACUACAAAUAAACUAAAACUGCAGUUAAAAUCUGCACAGUCUGAACUAGAGCAAACAAGGAAUACCCUGAAGUCAAUGGAAGGAUCCGACGGUCAUGCUAUGAAAGUGGCAAUGGGUAUGCAAAAGCAAAUCACAGCCAAAAGAGGUCAGAUAGAUGCACUUCAGAGCAAGAUCCAGUUUUUGGAAGAAGCCAUGACAAAUGCAAAUAAGGAGAAACAUUUUUUGAAAGAAGAGAAGAACAAGCUCAGCCAGGAGCUGAGCACCGUUGCCACGGAGAAGAACAAGAUGGCGGGCGAGCUGGACGUCCUACGCUCUCAGGAGCGCCGCCUGAAGGAGAAGGUUGCCAACAUGGAGGUCGCUCUUGACAAGGCAUCUUUGCAGUUUGCAGAAUGUCAAGAUAUAAUACAGCGUCAGGAGCAGGAAACUGUACGCCUAAAACUUCAGCACACUUUGGAUGUAAAAGAGCUUCAGGGCCCUGGAUAUACCUCGAAUUCUUCAAUGAAGCCACGCCUGCUCCAGCCAGCUUCUAUUACCCGCACCCAGUCUAAUGUGCCGUCCUCCCAGUCCACAAUGAGCUUCCUCUCACAUCACUCUGCGAAGACCACCGCACUGAAGGAAGACCCCACGAAGGACCUGAAGCAGCUUCUGCAGGAGCUGAGAAGCGUGAUCAAUGAGGAGCCGGCCGUGCAGCUGAGCAAGGCAGAGGACGAGGGGAGAGCGCCGUCGCUCGGGCCCUUGGAUGAUAGGGUAAGAGAUUGCAUUAUCGAAUCAAGCCUGAGAUCAGACAUAUGCCAUAGAAGCACCAACUCGUUAAGGGACUCCGUGGAAGGCAGCAAGUCAAGCGGAACCCUCAGCAGGGAGCCGGUCACGCUGCACGUAGCCCUGGAAGAUCCGUCCAGCUGCUUCACGUUCCCUUCUACAGCAAGCCCAUCUGUGAAAAAUUCAGCAUCUCGAUCAUUCGGUUCCCCUAAGAAGUCCUCGGUGCAUUCGCUGCUCACGAGCUCAGCCGAAGAGUCAGUGGGUUCCACGGCCCAGUACAGGUCCACCAAGACUGCUCCCUCACCCGAUUCUGUGAAAGAUUCACAGUCUGCACCACUGGAAACAACAGGGAAAACAUGCAGGAAACUUCAGAACAGACUGGAAAGCUUGCAGACCCUGGUGGAAGAUCUGCAGCUGAAAAACCAAGCAAUGUCUUCCAUGAUCAGAAACCAAGAAAAGAGGAUACAGAAAGUGAAGGACCAGGAAAAAAUGUUACUAAAGUGAUACCUCAUUUGCCUGUCUUGACAGAGGGAUGAUGCCCCAUCCAUUGUGAUGUUACUUAUGAUUAGUGCCCUGUGUACUUUUUUCAUUUUAUGUGAAAAUUUAAUAAAAGAUACCCUGUCCUGUAAACUCUGUUUUGAGAGUUUUGAAAUAAACUAUCCUUGAAUGGGCUCCUGCUAAAACCUUGAGCAAUUCUAGGACUUGAAAGUAUUCAUACAGUAUAAGGUAUUAAUUGGUGCUAUAUUAAAAUAAUUGUUUUUAUUAUUUUUGCUGGUACUACUACAAUAGUUAUUUUUCCCCAGCUUAAAAAAUAACAUCCCAGAGUAAAAGCUCCUUUCACAUGAAGUGACAUGGUACCAUGCCCCAACAGAAGGACAAAUUCCAGCCUACAGACAGGGCUUCCUUCUGUGACCCUGAACUCACUGUUUAGUCUGUCAAUAUCAGUGAAGGUAAUCAGAUAAUAGUUAGGGGGCCCCAGUCAAAACCCUUAGAAGUUUCUCUUUUUUGCAUAUUAAUAACUAAAGGAAGAAAAUAUUUGUUACCUAAAUAUCAACAUCUCUUAUAUUUUGUUCUGACUGUGCAAUAUUUCAUUACACAGAUAUACCAAAAUAUUGGUAAGUAAAAUUUUUCUUUUUUUUCUUUAUAAAUAAUGCUAUGGUAAAUAAUUUUUUUUUUUUUUUGUAUUUUUCGAGGCAGGGUUUUGCUUUAGCAAGCACAUGGGUAACUUCUAAACUGAAUUAACUCAGCCUGCCUUAGACUGUAAUAAAGUAGAGGAUUUGUAUCUGAACCAAAUACAUGAGACAAGAAAGUGAGAUAGAGAAAUGUUUCCAUUGUGCCGGAACAUCAGGGGCAGCAUGCAGAGGGCCAGCUGUCCAGAACACUCCUGCCCCCAGCACAGGACUGUCCCAAGGAACGCAGGAGCGGCUGCCUGACCGGAAGCUCUGCAUCCCAGGCCCACCUCGCGUCCCGCUGUGGCCCCCAACAAGCUGUCACUAGCAGAAUGGCAGGGACAGAGUGCUGGGCCACACUUUCAGGUCCAAAGCGCCGAUAAGCUCAGCGUUUGCGGGUUUUCUCACACUGUUUCCCCUUCACCGAACGAGCAGGAGAUGGCGGGGGUCUGCAGGGAGGACAGCAGCACAAGCAGAAUAGAGCCUGGGGGUGACUGCGAGGAGGGACGCAGCCCUGCGCCAGGAGACUCAAUGCUCCCUGGCAGAAGAGCAGGACAGCAGCAUGUGGUCUGACGGGAGGCUGCUGGGGACAGCCGUGUGCCCCAGGAAAGCCUGCGCUGCACUCGGGACCGCAGGCACUCAAGCACACCCUAUAAAACCACGACCUUUGAAAGUGUAAAUUUUUAUAGUCUGUACCUCUUAAGUCAGUUACCUUUAGUGAUGGAUUAAUUUUUAUAUCAGGUAAUAAUAAAAUGACUAUAGAUAGAAUUCUCAGGAGAUUUUUACUUCAGUUGUUUCACCUUGUACUCUCUCUCAUAGGUAUGCUUGGCCUUUCUGCACAUUAGUUGUACAUGCAUCCACAGAGCUUUGUACAACAUCGAAGCACCUCGCAGUAUCCCUGAUUUAACAGACGAGCACUGAGCAAAAACCGUCACACAGUUCUGUGAAGCACUUUCUGAGGCUGUGUGUGUGGCUGGGUUUGUUCUUUUCAGUAAAGGCCAUCUUACCCCAGGUUAUACACUGUUCUGGUGGUAGAGACUGUGCUUACUAAAGGCUAUUUCAACAGAUAAGAUUCAUUUUCAAGGAGAGGCAUACUGAAUUUCCCACCAAGCAAAGGUAUGUUUGGUCUUUAUUUUUUGAGACAGAGUCUCACUAUGUAGUUCAAGCUGGCCUGGAAUCUGCCAUGUAGCC